AUAGCCUUCACUGGUCUCCGUCCAGAGCAACGGGGUCUAUUGGUCCAUUAUAUACUGUCUAUGUGCUCAUGCGAGGUACCGGAAGCUGAUUUGUUCAGGUCCGAUCCCCUGACCAAAUGGCCUAUCCUGACCUCAAACUAAUUGAGUCAAUGCCAGACCUCAACUAAUCAUGCUGGUAUGCAGGCUGGGUCUUUUCAAAAAAACAAGUGGGAUUCAUAAUAACGUGCUAGCAGUCUUCUUCCCUGCCUUUGCUGGCAUAUUGCAGCAUAUCUGGACGUCUAUCUGGACCAUUGUAAACCUGGCCACGACCGACAUCUUCUUUCUGGUCUGCUGCGUUCCCUUCACUGCCACACUGUACCCACUGCCCAGCUGGAUCUUUGGAGAGUUUAUGUGCCGACUGGUGAACUACCUUCAGCAAGUGACUGCUCAGGCAACAUGUAUCACUCUGUCAGCUAUGAGUGUGGACCGCUGCUACGUGACCGUCUAUCCUCUGCAGUCACUGCGACACCGCACCCCACGCAUGGCUCUGGCCAUCUCUGUGUCUAUCUGGAUAGGCUCCUUGCUUCUGUCGAUCCCAGUAGCCGUGUACCAGCGUCUGGAGGCAGGAUACUGGUUUGGUCCUCAGACGUACUGCAGUGAGGUCUUCCCCUCGGCCCGCCUCCAGAGAGCCUUCAUCAUCUACAGCUUCCUGGCUGUCUACCUGCUGCCACUUCUCACCAUAACCGCCUGUUACGCCUUCAUGCUCAAACGCAUGGGGCAACCGAGUGUGAAUCCCAUCGACAGCAGCUACCAACUUCAGGCUCAUGCAGAGCGAGCAGCAGCAGUGCGGGCGCGAGUCUCCCGGAUGGUGGUGGUGAUGGUGGCCCUAUUCCUCAUCUGCUGGGGCCCCAUCCAGGUUUGCAUCCUCCUGCAAGCUUUUGGCCUCCGCAGUUACGUCCUAUACAAGCUGAAGAUUUGGGGUCACUGCAUGUCUUACUCCAACUCUUCCGUCAACCCGCUGGUUUACGCCUUCAUGGGCAACAACUUCAGAAAGGCCUUCAAGCACGCCUUCCCCGCCAUAUAUCUGUGGCGCACGAGGGCGAGAGUCAGGGUGGGAAACAUGGACGCAGAGGAUGGGGGAGAGACGGAUUGCCAGGAACCCAAGGGAGAAGCAGAGAUGCAAUUUCUUUCAUCUGGGUCCUAAAGGUCAUGCUGGGCAUUUGGACACUGUGCGCUCAUUGUUUAUUUAUAGUUUGUUCUGGAGAUGAGAGCAGUCUGCUGUUCUCUCUCUCU